AUGUCGGAAGGCGCCCGGCCGGCGGCCGCGCGGAAGAUCGUGAAGUCGCUACAGCGGUGCGCGCGGCUCUCUCUGGAGCGUCCGCCCUUCGGCGCUGCUCUCGGCGACUAUCACCAGUUCCCCCGGCCAUCGACGUCACCUGCCGCUGCAGCGGCAACGGCAGCGACCCCCGGCGGUCGCGGAGAGGUUUUUGAUGAGGGGAUCGUCGUCAGGAUGCCGCUAAAAAGAAAAGCUCCCUAUGGAGAAUGUGAUACAGCUGAGUCAACCGGAUUGAGUGUGGCCAGUUCUGGGUUCAUUCAAGGAGUCGGCAGUCCACGAAUGACCCCAAUUUCUGGAAAUACUGCUAGGAAAUACAAGUCAAAGUCUGAAUACACCAAAGCUGGACCUCAGACACCCACAUUAAAUGCUGGCAAGUAUAAAUUCGUUGAUCUGGUUCUGGUUAAAAAGAGGCGCAUGUAUGACAUUACAAAUGUCCUUGAAGGAAUUGGUCUGAUAGAAAAGAAGUUGAAGAACAGAAUCUGCUGGAAGGGUUUGGAUAAAUUGGGACCUAACUUGGAUGAUGAUCUUUCAGUUCUGAAGACAGAUUUUGAAAAUCUUAAUCUACAGGAGCAAGCAUUAGAUGAACAUAUAAGUAAAAUACGGGAAAAGCUGAAGGGCUUAACUGAAGAUGAAAGCAACCAGGGGUGGCUAUUUCUUACUGAAGAUGACAUCAAGGAGUUGCCCUGCUUUCAGAACCAAACACUAUUUGCAAUAAAAGCACCUCAUGGGUCUUCUUUGGAAGUGCCCAAUCCUGAUGUGAUGACUGGCGAUAGCCUUCAAAGGAGAUAUAGAAUAGUAAUACGGAGUACUACGGGUGCAAUUGAUCUUUACUUGGUUAGUAAAACUGAAGAAAAAAUGGAGGGAGAGCUGGAUGAUGCUGCAGCACCAGCAGGGCACACAAAUGUGGCAAAGCAUGACUCCAUAAAACGCCCCAGAACAAAAAGAGCUUGGCAAAUGAGUAGAGAGGAGGAGGUGGUGCUUAAGGCUCAGGAGACCCAGAAAACUCCAGAUCUAAAUCCCCCAUGUCAUUCUGAAGGAGUGCUGAGGAAAAUUAAUCCUUCAGAUGUUGACAGUGGAGCGGACUACUUGCUGUUUACAGACACUGAUGUUAGCAUCAGUGAUAUGUGGAGAACAGAACGUAUCCUUUUUUGA